CUCUAUCUUGUCAUUUCAGAGAACCUCUUGGUGCUGACGGUCGCUACCAAGGUCACCGAUGGAUUUAAACGCUUCAUGCAAUCGGCAAAACUCCUCAACUACACGAUCAAGGUGCUGGGGAAGGAGAGGAAUGGCGAGGAGGGCUGGCCUUCAACUCCAUUGGCGGAGGACAGAAGGUGCGAUUGCUGAAGGAGGAGAUGAGGAAGCACGCUGAUCGUCAGGACCUGGUGGUGCUCUUCACUGAGAGUUUUGACAUCAUCUUUGCCAGUGGCCCGGAUGAACUGCUCAGUAAAUUCCAGCGAGCAAAUCACAAGGUGCUGUUCGCUGCUGAGAGCCUGAUCUGGCCAGACAAGAGGCUGGCAGAGAAAUAUCCUGUCGUUCGCAGUGGGAAACGAUUUCUUAAUUCAGGAGCUUUUAUGGGCUACGCCACACACCUGAACCGCAUUGUGGAGCAGUGGGAGCUGCAAGACAACGAUGAUGAUCAGCUGUUCUACACCAAGGUUUACCUGGACCCUUCAAAGAGAGUCUCUCUCAAUAUGACUUUGGAUCACAAAAGCAACAUUUUCCAAAACCUGAACGGGGCUGUUGAUGAAGUGGAGCUGAAGUUCGAAAACGGAAAGGCACGAGUCAGGAACAUAGUGUACGAAACGCUGCCUGUUCUAAUCCACGGCAAUGGAAAUACCAAGCUCCUGUUGAACUAUCUGGGAAACUACAUCCCUGAUACCUGGACUGCAAAGACUGGUUGCACUGUUUGUGACCAGGACACGUUGGAUCUGUCAACGCUGGCUGAACUUCCCAGAUUGACUAUUGGUGUAUUCAUCGAACAGCCAACACCUUUCCUUACAGAAUUCCUGGAGCGGCUGCUGACCCUGAAUUAUCCAGCAGAAAAAGUCAAUUUCUUCAUCCAUAAUAAUGAGGUUCAUCACGAGAAACACAUCCAAAAAUUCUGGGAGAAGCACAAAGCCGAACUUCAGAACGUGAAGUUUGUGGGGCCUGAAGAGAAUCUGACCCAGGGAGAAGCCAGAAACAUGGGCAUGGAUUCCUGUCGUCAGGAUCCAGAGUGUGAUUAUUACUUCAGCCUUGACGCAGAUGUGAUGCUGACAAAUUCAGACACCUUGAAGCUUCUAAUGGAACAAAACAGGAAAAUUAUUGCUCCCAUGGUCAUCCGCUCGGGUAAGCUGUGGUCCAAUUUCUGGGGGGCUCUAAGUCCAGACGGAUACUACGCCCGCUCUGAGGAUUACAUUGAUAUCAUCCACGGAGACAGAAAAGGCCUGUGGAACGUCCCUUACAUGGCUCACGUGUACCUUAUUCAAGGAGAGGUGCUGAGAACGCACAUGAAAGAGAAGAACCAUUUUGUCCUGGACAGGAUGGAUGCUGACAUGUCACUCUGCAGAACUGUUAGGGAAAUGACAAUAGAAAAGGAGAAAGGCUCCCCUACACCGGAGAGUUUCCAUAUGUUCAAGCCCCCAAAGGGUAUUUUUAUGUACAUCACCAACCUGCAUGAAUUUGGACGGCUUAUUUCAACCCAGAAUUACAAUACCUCUCACUUGCACAGUGACAUUUGGCAGAUAUUUGACAACCCGUUGGAUUGGAGAGAAAAGUACAUCCACCCUGACUACUCAAAGAUCUUCUCCGAGGACAUGGUUGAGCAGCCAUGUCCGGAUGUUUACUGGUUCCCCAUCUUCUCUGAUACCAUGUGCGAUCAUCUGGUGGAGGAAAUGGAGCAUUACGGGAUUUGGUCAGGUGGCAGAAGCGAGGACAAACGGCUGGUCGGAGGCUAUGAAAACGUCCCGACAGACGACAUCCAUAUGACCCAAAUUGGACUAGACUACGAGUGGCUGCACUUCAUCCGCGAGUACAUCGCACCUGUCACGUUAAAGCUGUUCUCCGGCUACCAGACCAAGGGACAUGCUAUGCUGAACUUUGUCGUUAAAUAUACCCCAGAGAGACAGGCCUUUCUACGACCCCAUCACGACUCCUCAACCUUCACUAUAAACGUGGCUUUAAAUAGCAAAGGAACAGAUUUUGAGGGAGGUGGCUGUCGAUUUCACCGCUACAACUGCUCCAUCGAGUCUCCCAGGAAAGGAUGGAGCUUUAUGCAUCCCGGGCGUCUGACUCACCUGCACGAAGGGCUUCCAACGACGAACGGUACCAGAUAUAUCGCAGUGUCUUUUGUGGACCCAUAGAAUAGUCAACACCUUGACAGAAAUCCAGAACCCUUGUCCGGACAGAGAUCUCUCUGGUUUAUGUCAACUCCAACUCAGCCUGCAACACGCCUGACUCUGAGCUCACCUUGUGCCUUGAAAGAAAUACAUGGGUACCGUUUGUUCACAGGGUUUUUAAAUAGUUUGAGGUGAAAUUCCACCCGACUUGAGAUUUAUUUUCUUAGCAUUUCACGAUUCGGCAAAUUGCCGAAUUCGGUCUUAACUUUGAAGCCACUUUUUUUUCUGUAGUUUACGGUGAAAAAAACAGCGUCAAAGUUAAGGUUUUGAAGAGAAGGGAGUUUCUCCCUAUGCCCUGGCCAACAAUCUCCCCGAUAAAAUGAGUCAUUCGUUUCAUGGCUGUUUGUGGGACAUUUCCGUGCUCAAAUUAGCUGCCACAUUCACC